GUUCUGAAAGCUCUUAUGGGAGUGUUUCAAGCUAUCUAGGACUCAAAUUUCUAAACUAAAAGGUCUGAACGUUAUUUCAAAAGGCAAAGAUACUCUAACAUUGCAAAACAAGGUAAAAAAACUCCACUAGAGACUCUUUCGUCGAGGUAAUGAAGCUUAAAGAACUCAUACAGAAAAUGGAGAAAUUCAGACCGGCCAUCUAACAGUCCACCACUGGCGAAGGGAUGAGGCGUGUUGGCUUUACAGCUCUUGGUAGCAUAUGGAUUUCUGCGGCCCAGUGUGCAAUUUUAAACACCUGCCUGAAGUCCUGUGUAACUAACUUGGGUGAGCAGCCGGACCUUGGCACCCCACAUAAUCUGAGUGGACCGUGUAUCCAAGGAUGUCACUUUUGGAGCUCUAUACACCAGGAAAACUGUGCUGUCAAGUGUAAUGAUACUUAUGCCGCUGUUUAUGAGCGAGAGGCCUGCGAAGUUGGCUGCAGCAGUGCAGAAGGCGCCUACGAGGAGGAGGUGCUGGAAAACACAAACCUCCCUACUGCACCCUUUGCUUCUUCUAUCGGAAGCCACAGUGUUACUUUAAGGUGGAAAUCUGCCAACAUCUCUGAAGUGAAAUACAUCAUUCAGUGGAAAUACGCACAACUUCCAGGAAGCUGGACUUACACUGAGACUGUGUCCGAGCUCUCCUACAUGACGCAGGCCCUACACCCUUUCACGGAAUAUGUUUUUCGAGUCGUUUGGGUCUUCACAGCCCAGCUGCAGCUUUCUUCUCCACCAAGCCCAAGUUACAGGACUCAUCCUCAUGGAGUUCCUGAAACUGCGCCUUUUAUUAAGAAUAUCGAGAGCUCUGGCCCUGACACUGUGGAAGUCAGUUGGACUCCACCCCAGUUCCCAGGUGGACCUAUUUUGGGUUAUAAUUUAAGGCUGAUCAGCAAAAAUAAUAAAUUUGAUUCAGGGACACAGAGAACCAGUUUCCAGUUUUAUUCUACUCUUCCAAAUACCACCUACAGGUUUUUUGUUGCAGCAGUAAAUGAAGUUGGUGAGGGGCCAGAAGCAGAAUCUAGCAUUACCACCUUGUCCCUGGCAGUUCAAGAAGAGGAACAGUGGCUCUUUUUAUCCAGAAAAACGUCUCUAAGAAAGAGAUCUCUAAAACACUUAGUAGAGGAAGCACAUUGUCUUUGGUCAGAUGGUAUACAACAUAAUAUUACAGGUAUAUCAGCUGAUGUGCACCGGCAAGUUGUUUAUUUCUCCGAGGGAGCUGUCAUAUGGAUGAAGGAGGUUGCUCAUAUGUCUAAUGUGUCUGACCUGAGAGUGUUUUACAGAGGUUCAGGUCUGAUUUCUUCCAUCUCCACAGAUUGGCUUUACCAGAGAAUGUAUUUCAUCAUGAAUGAGCUGGUAUAUGUCUGUGACUUAGAGAACUGUUCAAACUUUGAGGAAAUUACCCCGCCCUCCAUUAUCGCACCUCAAAAACUUGUGGCUGAUGCCUACAAUGGGUACAUCUUUUAUCUCCUGAGAGAUGGCAUUUACAAAGUCGAUCUCCCUAGGCCAUCUGGCAGAGAUGCCAAGCCUGUGCACAUUGUGGAGAGCUGCACGUUGAAGGACUUUGCAAUAAAACCACAGUCUAAGCGGAUCAUUUACUUCAACGACACUACCCAAGUCUUCAUGUCAACAUUUCUAGAUGGCUCUGCUUCCCGUCCUGUCCUCCCUCAGUUCCCCUUUGCUGAUGUGCAGAGCUUUGCUUGUGAAAAUAAUGACUUCCUUGUGACAGAUGGCAAGGCCAUUUUCCAACAGGACUCCAUGUCUUUUAAUGAGUUUAUUGUGGGAUGUGACCUGAGUCACAUAGAAGAAUUUGGGUUUGGUAACUUGGUCAUCUUUGGUUCCUCCACCCAGCCAUACCCUGUCCCACACCGCCCAAAGGACAUCUCUGUGCUGUUUGGGUCUCACCAGGCCCUUGUUCAGUGGAAGCCUCCUGCCCUCCCCAUUGGAGCCAGCCCUUCUGCCUGGCAGAAUUGGACUUACGAGGUACAGGUAUCAACCCAAGACCUUCCAGAGUUUACUCAAACUUUCUCUAACAUACACGGAGUCAUGCUUAACAUACCUGGGCUGCAGAGUGCUGUGAAAUACAAAGUUUCUGUGAGAGCAAGUUCUCCCAAGGGGCCAGGACCCUGGUCAGAGCCCUCAGUGGGUACGACCCUGGUGCCAGCUACUGAGCCACCAUUUAUUAUGGCUGUGAAAGAAGAUGGUCUUUGGAGUAAACCCCUGAACAGCUUUGGCCCGGGAGAGUUCUUAUCCUCUGAUAUAGGAAAUGUGUCAGACAUGGAUUGGUAUAACAACAGCUUGUACUAUAGCGACACUAGAGGAGAGGUUCACGUGCGGCUGCUGAAUGGGUCGGGAGUCUCCGAGAGCCAUCGCAUCCCCAGCAUCGCAGGGGCAGGGGCUCUGACUUUUGAGUGGUUGGGUCGCUUUCUCUACUGGGCUGGAAAGACCUAUGUGAUCCAAAGGCAGUCUGUGCUGACAGGACACUCUGACAUGGUCACACACGUGAAGCUGUUGGUGAACGACAUGGCGGUGGACUCCGUGGGUGGAUAUCUCUAUUGGACCACACUCUACUCAGUCGAGAGCACCAGGCUGAAUGGAGAAAGUGCUCUUGUCCUCCAAGCACAGCCUUGGUUUUCUGGGAAAAAGGUUAUUGCUCUCACAUUAGAUAUCACUGAUGGGCUCCUAUACUGGUUGGUUCAGGACAGUCAAUGUAUUCACCUGUACACAGCUGUUCUGCGAGGACAGAGCACUGGGGACAUCAGCAUCACGGAGUUUGCAGCCUGGAGUACUUCUGAAAUUUCCCAGAAUGCUCUGAUGUACUACAGUGGCCGGCUAUUCUGGAUCAAUGGCUUCAGGAUGAUCACCGCCCAGGAAAUCGGGCAGAGAACCAGCGUGUCUGUGUCAGAACCUGCCAAAUUCAAUCAGUUCACAAUCAUUCAGAUGUCCCUCAAGCCUCUGCCGAGGAACUUUUCUUCUACCCCUAAAGUUAUACCAGACUCUGUUCCAGAGUCUUCAUUUUGGAUUGAAGGAAAUGCUUCAGCUUUUCAAGUCCUGUGGAGCAGUCCCCCCGCAGUGGACUGGGGUGUGGUUUUCUACAGUGUAGAAGUCAGUGCUGACUCCAAGUUUCUGGCUAGUGAAAAGCAGCUUUUACCUGUAUUUACUGUGGAAGGGCUGGAGCCAUAUGCCUUAUUUAAUCUCUCUGUCACUCCUUAUACAUACUGGGGAAAGGGACCCAGAACAUCUCUAUCACUUCGAGCACCUGAUACAGUUCCAUCUACACCAGAAAACCCCAGAAUAUUUGUAUUACCAAGUGAAAGAUCCCUCAACAAGAAUGAAGUUGUGGUAGAGUUUAGGUGGGACACACCUAGGCAUGAAAAUGGCAUGCUGAUAAGGUUUGAAAUUUUCUAUCACAUAUCCAACCAAAGUGAUGCAAGAAGAACAUCCGAAGGCUGGACUGCUGUCAAUGUCACUUCUUCAGUGACGUCUUUUCAACUCGAGGGCCUGAGACCUGGGUACACUGUUGCCUUCCAGGUUCGAGUCUACACAUCCAAAGGCCCAGGGCCAUUUUCUGACAUAGUGAAGUCUAAAACAUCAGAAAUCAGCCCAUGUCCUUACCUCAUGUCUUUUCUUGGCAAUGAGAUAGUGCUUUUAGAUGUGGACCAAAAUCAAGUUGUGUGGACAUUUUUGGCACAAGAAGACAUUAGCGCCCUGGGCUACACAGCUGAUGAUGACAUGGGGUAUUUUGCUCAAGGAGACUCUCUCUUUCUUCUGAACUUACACAACCGUUCUGGCUCCAAGCUUUUCCAAGAUGCACGCAUUUCUGGCGUCACACUCAUUACAGUCAACUGGAUUUCAAGGCAUCUCUACUUUGUGCUGAAAGAAUCGCAAAAUGGAACACAAAUAUUUGAUGUUGAUCUUGAACACAAGAUGAAACGCCUCAGGGAACUAAAGAUUUGUAACAGGAAUUCAACAAUAGUUUCAUUUUCUGUGUAUCCUUUUUUAAGUCGCUUAUAUUGGACAGAAGUUUCCGAUUUGGGCUGUCAGAUGUUCUACUACAGUAUUAUCAAUCAUACCUUGCAUCACGUCCUGCAACCCACAGCCACAAACCAACAAAAUGGAAGGGUCCAAUGUUCUUGUAAUGUAACUGAAUUUGACUUAAGUGGAACAAUGACUAUUGAUACUUGUGACCUAGAGAAGCCAUGGAUAUAUUUUGCCAAAAGGCAAGAGAUCUGGGCCAUGGAUCUGGAUGGAUGCCAGUGCUGGAGAGUUAUCGUGGUGCCUGCUGUGCAUGCAGGAAAAGCACUUGUUAGCUUAACUGUGGAUAAAGAGUUUAUAUACUGGAUCAUCACAGCAAAAGACAGCACACAGAUUUAUCAAGCGAAGAAGAGAGACGGGGCCGCUGUCUCCCAGGUGAAGACCCUGAGGAGUCGGUGCAUCCUGGCGUACAGUUCUGCUGUGCAGCCUUUCCCAGAUAAAGCAUUUCUGUUUCUAGCUUCAGAUAUUGCAGAACCAGCUAUACUUAAUGCCACUAACACCAGCCUCACAAUCGCCUUGCCUCUGGCCAGGACAAACCGCACUUGGAAGGGCCUCGCCAGCCCAACUGCAACAUACCUGGUUUAUUAUGCAGAACUCCACGGCAGGACAAACAGCUCUUACCUGAAAUAUAAAAUACUGGAAUCUCAGGAGAGGAUAGCUCUCAUUGAAGGUUUACACCCGUUUUCAACAUACAUAAUAAAAAUGGCUAUAAAGAAUUAUUAUUCACACUCUCGGGAGCAUUUACCUCUGGGACAAGCAAUCUUGGGAAAGACGAAAAGUGGCGUUCCAGGGGCUGUUGGAUUCAUUAACACAACAGUGCUGUCAGACACCAGCCUCCUUGUGUCCUGGAGAGAAUCUCACCAGCCAAAUGGCCCUGGAGAAUUGGUUCGCUACCAGCUGGCAAUCUCGAAUCUGCCCCUAAUCCCCAAGGCUCCUCUAAGACAAAGCCAGUUCCCAAACGCAAGGCUCACUCUCCUGCUUGGGACCCUGUCUGGCGGACAGCUGUAUGUGCUAAAGGUCCUGGCCUGCCACUCUGAGGAGAUGUGGUGUGCUGAGAGUCACCCCGUCACUGUCAAAAUGUUUGACACACCAGAGAAACCAUAUGCCUUGGCUCCAGAUAACACUAGUUUGCAAUUAGAUUGGAAGGCUCCAUCCAAUGGCAACCUCACCAGAUUUUGGUUUGAACUCCAAAAGUGGAAAUACAACGAGUUUUUCCAUGUCAAAGCUUCCUGCAGCCAGGGCCCUGCUUAUGCCUGCAGCAUCGCAGAUCUCCAGCCUUACACCUUCUACAGGGUCCGAGUUGUGGUGGUUUAUGUGACGGGAGAAAGGAGCCUCUCACCCCCCGAAAGUUUCCAGACCAAAGCUGGAGUCCCAAGUAAACCAGGCAUUCCCAAACUAUUAGAAGGGAGCAAAAAUUCAAUACAGUGGGAAAAAGCAGAAGAUAAUGGAAGUGGCCUUAUGUACUAUAUCCUUGAGACCAGAAAGAUCAUUUCGGGUGGCUCACAGAACCAGAAUUUAAGGUGGAAGAUGGCAUUCAAUGGGUCUUGCAGUAGCAUUUGCAUGUGGAAGCCCAAAACCCUGAAAGGAACGUUCCAGUUCAGAGUAGUAGCUGUGAAUCGCCUUGGACUUGGUGACUACAGUGGAGUCAGUGAGAAUAUUAUCCUAACUGGAGAUGAUUUGUGGAUACCAGAAACAAGUUUUAUACUUACCAGUAUAGUUGGAGUAUUUCUGGUCAUUACAAUCCCAUUGGCCUUUGUCUGGCAUAAGGGAUUGAAGAAUCAGAAAAACUCCAAGGAAGGGUUGGCAGUUCUAAUGCGUGAAGACAAAGAGCUGGCUGAGCUGCGAGGUCCAGUGGCUGGAGUGGGGCUGGCUAAUGCUUGCUAUGCAAUCCAUACUCUUCCUACCCAAGAGGAGAUUGAAAAUCUUCCUGCCUUCCCACGGGAGAAACUGACUCUGCGUGUCCUGUUGGGCAGUGGAGCCUUCGGAGAGGUGUAUGAAGGGACAGCUGUAGACAUCUUAGGUGUUGGAAGUGGAGCAGUCAAAGUAGCAGUGAAGACUUUGAAGAAGGGCUCCACAGACCAGGAGAAGAUUGAAUUCCUCAAAGAGGCACAUCUGAUGAGCAAGUUUGAUCACCCCAACAUUCUGAAGCAGCUUGGUGUCUGUCUGUUGAAUGAGCCCCAGUACCUUAUUCUGGAGCUGAUGGAAGGAGGGGACCUUCUCACUUAUUUGCGUAAAGCCCGGAUGACAAUGUUCCAUGGCCCUUUACUCACCUUGGCUGACCUUGUAGACCUAUGUGUGGAUAUUUCAAAAGGCUGUGUCUACUUGGAACAGAUGCAUUUCAUCCACAGGGAUCUGGCAGCUCGGAAUUGCCUUGUCUCUGUGAAAGACUAUACUAGCCCUUCACGGGUAGUGAAGAUUGGGGACUUUGGACUCGCAAGGGACAUCUACAAAAAUGAUUAUUACAGGAAGAGAGGGGAAGGCUUACUACCUGUUCGCUGGAUGGCUCCAGAAAGUUUGAUGGAUGGAAUCUUCACGACUCAGUCUGACGUUUGGUCUUUUGGAAUUCUGAUUUGGGAGAUUUUAACUCUUGGCCAUCAACCAUAUCCAGCGCAUUCUAACCUUGAUGUUUUAAACUAUGUGCAAGCAGGAGGGAGACUGCAGCCACCAACGAACUGUCCUGAUGACCUGUGGAAUUUAAUGGCUCAGUGCUGGGCUCAAGAACCGGACCAGCGGCCUACUUUCCACAAGAUCCAAGACCAGCUGCAGCUAUUCAGAAACUUUCCCUUAAAUAACAUUUCUCAGUGCAGAGGUGAAGCAAAUGCCAGUGAAAUUGUAAAUGAAGGCUUUGAAGAUGACAAUGACAACAGGAGCAGUCUGAAUGCAGAUGGUGUUACGCCAAUCGCUUUCAUGGUAACCAGGAACCAAGAAGGGUUAAACUACAUGGUACUUGCCACAGAACCCAGCCAGAGUAAAGACAAUUCUGAGGGUCCUCCGUGCUCCAAAGAAUCCAAGUCUUGCAGUCUGAGGAAAGGAGAGAAGGAGCUGCAAGGAGACCAAGAUUUCUGCCAAGAGAAACAAGUGGCUUGCUGCCUUCCUGGCACUGCCCCGGGCCUGAACUACGCCUGCCUCACUCACGGUGGGUCUGGAGAUGGGUCUGACUCAUAGCGCUGCUUGGACUAGCGUGGAAAUCAACACACUGCUGAAGCUGUUGCUGGGAGAAGAGAAGGCUGGAUGUGGUGGUGGUCCUCUGUGACGCUGAGUUCACACUAUAUAAAGUCUGACUUCUAAUCUCGGUUCCCAGACCUUUUGGUUCCACUUGUAGCAAUCCUCAUGCCAGUGGCCGCUUCCCACCCUCCUCUGGGUGGUAACAAAACACCACAGAUGAGUGUCAGAGACAGGAGUGGGUCUGCUUGGACCUGCAGGAGGGACAGGAAGUGGCCAAGUGGCCAGCCAGACUUCAGGUUAUCCAGAAAGUCAUGAGGAAGGGCUAAAUACACAACAAGGAGGUGCCUGUGUGUGAAAAAUCAUUCAGGCAGCCACUGCUCCGUAAAAUAUUAGCUUUAAUCACCACUGUAAACCAGUUCAUGUUUUGGAGGUAUACAAUAGAGGCUUUGGCCAUAUUGAAAACAGGACAAUGAAGACAUUCAUGUCCUAAAGUUUGGCAUUCUACGAUCUCCGUGUCCAUAAAGACCAUGACUGCGUGCUAUAAUGAAAGUUAAUGACUGUAAAGACUGGGCAGAGGGUGCAGCUCAGUGUGGAGCACAUGCCUGAGUCCAUUACACAAGGUCCUUGCAGCUUUUUCCCAUGAAUGGAGUGCCUGUGGAUAUCAUCUCCUGGUUUCUUUCAUGUCACAUAAUUGCAGAAGAUUUCUCUCGUCACUGAAAAUUCCUUAUGAAUGAUUCUGAAGCCUGUAUAAACUCCCUUAAAAUGCA